AUGGCUACGGAUACUCGUGCAAACCCUUCUGCUCUGAGAAAGUUCAAUGAGGCCACCGUCGCCUAUAUAGUCCCCGCCUUUCUCGUAGUACUCAACGUGAUGGAUUCCUAUCAGACCAAUGAAUUCAAUAUAGCCGCUGGUAUAUACUUGCUCUUUUCUUCGUUAUAUAAUGACGAAGAGCCUGAAAAUCCCGAGCCUAAGAAGACUGCGUCCGAGAAAGACAAAGCCUCGAAGAAAUCUCGCAGGCUAUUGGCCACCUUUGGAGCAUGUAUUGUGCUACUCUUUGGUUUGGAGCCUGUCUUUAGUAGAGUCGCCGAUCUCUGUUUUGAACUUUUUUACAGCGGUGAACCAUUCGAACAAACGUUCCUUAACGGAUAUGCUGGACAGGACCAAGAGAUUCGUUAUCAAUUUCGGGCCGUGAAGAGUGACCGUUGUAUCCCAGAUCAAUCCAUGAUCGUGGGAGCAAUUGAUCAUCACAUAAAGACGCAUGGGUGUAAACUUCGCCAAACUGAAUGCUUGGAUCUGACCAAGACAUUUAGCGGUUUUCUUCUCAUCGGCCCGACUAGAGCUUUCGACAUGAACCUUUACUGCGGGCCUACCCUCAGUUUCAAUACCGUUUGCGAUCUUGAAGAGAGGGACUCUCAGGUAGGUAUUUGA